AUGAAGGUGUUCAUCCACAACGUAAAUACUUACACAGGGAGCUGCCUGUGCGAAACCUUCAGCGAGGUGAGGAACGAAAAGACGGAGAUCUACGGAACGGUGGUAGAGUCGAACAAACGGAAAAAUGGCCUAAAGUACGACUAUGGAAAGGUCACAAAAGUUGUGUCAAAAAUUCCUAAGGAUAAUAUAGUGAAGCAGUUACUACAAUGCGACUUAAUAAUCUUCGACCUGAACAAUACGAACGUGGAAGAAUUAGAAUACAUCAUACGGAAGGUGAAGUAUGAGAAGCUGAAAAAGGACACCACGUUGGUGCUCAUCUCGUCCGUCAUGACGUGGAACAAGACUAAGAGGAAAUUCUCCCCCCAGGGGGAGAGUGUCUACAGCGCAGCGGUGGGAAAACCAGAAGAAGCAAAGGGGGUUAGCGCGAAAGACCCCCCCUCCAGUGGAACCACUAAACAGAUCAACGUACCGGAAGUGUUCACCGAAAAGGACUACAUGAAGAGAACCCCUUCUAGACAAUACGAACAACACAAAACGAUCGAGACGCUAAUCUUAUCGCUUAACUCAAGGGAUAAACUAAACACCUAUGUGGUGGCGUCGGGAAUCCUCUACGGGAACGGGGAAAACGUAUUCUUCCCCAUUUUUAAAAAUGCGUGGCUAAGUGCGGACAAUCAGAUUAUAGACAGAGGGAAUAAUUUCAUUCCUCUGAUUCACGUGAAAGGUCUAUGCCAGUUUGUGAAGGAGCUGUACCUGAGACAGCCACCAAGGAAGUACCUCAUAGCAGUGGACAACGAACAUCUAACUCAGAAGACACUAAUAAAAACGGUUGGGAAAUUCAUCUCUGGAAACUCCACCUACCUUAGCGUGUCUCCUCAUGAUUCGCUCCUCUUUGACCACGCGGAAAUCAUGUGCGUCAACUUGAGGUUCGCCUGUUCGUACCUAGGGGGGGAGAGCCAUGAACAGGGAAAACAGGGGGGAUAUGAGGAGAAGGAAAAGGAUAAACCGGCAGAUGAAGAAGGGGAAGAAAACGAACAAGACGAUGAUGAGGAGGAUGAUCAGGACGAAGACGAUGUGGACAGGUCCGACGACCCAGACGUGGCAGACCAGACACAAACCGACAAGACUAACAGAACCAACCAGGAGGGACAUCCAAGUGGGGAGGGAUUCACGUUUCACUGCUCAGACGGGUUCACGAAAAACAUUUCCACCCUAGCCAGGGAGUUCUGCCAAUACAGGAAUCUGAAGCAGCUGAAGGUCCUCAUACUGGGCCAGCCAGGAGUGGGCAAAACAUUCAUUGCUAACAAAAUAUGCCACCACUAUAAUUUGAAAUUUUGUUCCAUUUCCUCCCUCAUCGAGGAGGGCAAACAGACGGGGUACCAUUUUCCCGACUACUACAAGGAGUACUUGAGUAACCUAAAUGACGAACAUGAGGGGAAGAAAAAAAAACACACAAAGGCAAGCACAAUGGGAACCGCCGUGGGAACGUCCAAGCUGACCCUCCCCGAUCUGACGUCCCUGUUUUACCAAAAGCUGCAAAGCAAUGAAUGCAAAUUUAGGGGCUUCGUUUUGGACUUCUUCCCUCGGAAUUAUGACGAGGCAGAAUACUUCUUCGGCAGCCACGGGGGGACGCAGACGGUGGAGGGCAGCACGAAGGAGGAUGCAGAACCGGGUGGGGAUAGCCAUGGGGAGGAAGAAGAUCAGGUGGACCAAACUGACGAAACGGAGGAAGGUGAUCUGUCACCGAAACACGGCAACGACCCCGACCAGGAAGCAACUGCCCAAGGAGAAAACACCCCAUCCAAGAAGCAACCCACCUUAACGGGGGCCACUCCAGAUCAAACCCACGACGGAAGCCUCAACGGGCGCCCCAAUGAGGAAGAUAAGAAUUCCCUCCUCCCCGAAUUUGUCAUUAUUCUGAAAUCGCCUGAAGAGCUCUGCAGAAGCAGAAUGAUGAACCUAUCAGAGGAAGAAAUAAUAAAAGGACACAACGACGAAAGUGGGUUCGAAAGAAGACACAAGAAAUAUGUGAAAGAAAACUGCAGAAAUGACUACUUUGAAUUUGACCAGAAAAAAUCCAUCGAGGAUUAUUUUCUCGAAAGGGAUGUAGACGUAUUCAACGUCCACAUAAAGGAAGAUUCUUCACUAGAGGACGUCCUCACAAAUAUAUACAUCUACAUAGAGAAGAAUGUAAAGUUUUACAACUUCCUUCCAUCCUGUGAAGAAAUGCUGAAAGACAAACUGCAACAACAGGAGAAGGAACUUUCCCUCGAAAAGGAAAAACUGGUGACGAAGGAAAAUCAACUCAUUGGAGAGGAGAUCAGCAAAAAUGAAGAGUUAAUAAAGGCAGAAAAAAAAAGACAAGAACUUCUGUUGGAACACCAGCAGCAGUACUUUCAUAACCAGUCCAUCCCAUUGAGGUUCUACUUGAUUAAAAAUAUCUUGCCCAUUUUAACAGAUGCGUUAAUACACAUUUGUCGAACCAAGCCCAAGAACCCCUGUCUGCACAUCGCACAGUAUUUGCUGGAAAACGCCCACAAGUACAACGUGGAGGAAGGUGCGUUGGAUAUGCUGCUAUCGAAGGAGUCGGGUGCCGACGGAGCAGGUGCCCAUGGGGGUUAA